GGGACAGUUUGAUAAAGAUUAAUAAAGUGUCAAAAAAAAAAGUUUGUUUUUGGAUUGGAUUUGCAAAGAAAAUUGCGAAAAUUGUAAGAAAUUCUGCUAAUUAGAUGAUAGAAUAAAUAAAAAGUAAUCAAUUCAAGAACGGAGUGAUUCGGAGAAAUUCUGUAAUUUUCUUCCAAAGUCCACGAAAAACUAUUAAAAACAGCCAAAAUAUGAAUCAGGACGGAAGAUUCAGUGUCUUUCAGAAGCCACGCUUUGAGCAGAAGAGAUGGGCAACGGAAAAGAGGAAAUUCUCCUCUCAGCAGCAUAAGGAUUUCAAAGGAUACAAGAAGAGUAAAUGUCAACCAAGUGAAAAAUUGGAUAAGCUCCAUGGGGAGCUGAAGGAGAUUUUGGGUAAAGCACAGGAUGAGAAUGGCAUCAUUUCCCUCAUGAAGUACAUCCAACCUAGUCAACAGGAAACACAUGACAUCCUGGUUAAAGUUACGGAAGAUCUCAGGAUGGUUCUUUCACGGUGUAUCCCGUACUUUGAUAUUCAUCCCUUUGGAUCAGCUAUUACGGGACUUUUGCUCAGAGAAAGUGAUUUGGAUUUCUUCGUGCGCGUCCCUGACAAUAUGCUGCAGAACAUUGAAUUGCUCCUGAAGAUGGUGGAGAAGAACCUGUGGCGUAGUCAGGCCUUUACAAAAAUCAUCAAAAUUCCCCGAGCUCGGGUACCUCUGAUCAAAUUUCUUCAUCCAAAUCUCAAUGUUUGGUGUGAUGUGAAUUUCACGAAUCCAAUGGGAAUCUACAGCAGUGGCUUCAUUCAGCAUCUCAUCCAGUUCGACUACAGAAUUUACCCACUAAUGAUGGUCAUAAAAUUCUGGGCAACCACCCACGAGCUCAGCGGAACGGGGAAGAUAACAAAUUACUGCCUCGUAAUGAUGGUAAUAUUCUUUCUGCAAACUCUGAGAGUCCCUCUGCUGCCGCCGGUAGAUGUUUUUCAGAGGCACGUCCCAUUUGUCGAUGUCAACGGAUGGAAUGUGGCUUUUGACCGGAACUUGCGGCAGCAGUGCCAAAAUAUGACUUGCCUCCAGAAGCUCUUGCGGGAUUUCUUUGAUUUUAUCUCAACGUACGACUACGAGAAUAUGAUGAUGUGCCCCCUAUUUGGGAAGUCUUACAGAAAAGUCGAAUUUGCAUCUGCUGUUGAACCUCCGGCGGAAUUUCAGGUCUAUCGGAACUACAUUCGCCACCAUCCCGAAGACACCAUUCACAAUCUCAAACCAAUCUGCGUAAUGGACCCAUUUGAGCUGCGAAUAAACAUUGGUGGAAGUUGUGGGGAGAAGCAUCGAAGGAAAUUUGUCACUUAUGCAACAUUUGCAGCAAAAAUCUUUCACGAGGGUGAGCUCAAUGGGGAUAAUUUGUCAAAGAUUCUAAUGAGAUUAUUCUUUGAGAACUUCCUAAAUGUUCCCAUGAAGAAGAAUCCUCAGAAGGGCGUGCAGAAUGUUCCUUGCACCAUACCUGGGAUUGACAAUAAGAAUCAUCUAACAGUCACCCUGAUGCCCUCUAAGGCGGAACUGAAGCAACUCCGAGAUCUCGUGCAGCGCAAUAAGAUUCAAUCAAAGGAGACGAUAAAGGAGAUUAACAAAUACUGGGUGGAUAUGAUGGGAAAAUUCGUUGGAUCAAUUUUCCGGGAGAUUUACUUGAUCCCCUUGGAGGCGGAUACACUGCCGGGAAAUAGCCACAAUACAACGGAUUAUCCAAAAGUUUUCCUCGCAAGUACCGAAGUGAAUUUGUGGAGUUGCAGGAAGCCCACCGAAGCUGAUACAGCUAAUUUGAUUGAACAAGAAAUAGCCGAAUCUCAGCGUCUGCAUGAUGCACUUCAGCCACCGGAACCACUUAAAUUCAGUCUGGUUCUCAAUACCAACAACACCUACGAAUACCUGCAGGUUUCAUGCAUUGAUCGACUCAUGGUGAGGAAUAAUCUCAAAGAAUUUCAUCAACAUUUUGUCAACAAUGUCAGGACAUGGCUCAAUGGUUACCUUCACAGCUAUAGAAAUCAAUCCAAGGAUGCACCAUCCAAUUCAUCAGCAACAUAAUGCAGCUAAUCCAACUAGGGUGUUCCGGAAGUAUCCUCUGAAAAAUACUUUUAAGGAAAGAACUUUUUUUUGUUUGAAAAAAUAUCAAUUUUUGACUUUAUUUCAUCUUUAUUGACUAUUUCGUGAAAUAUUAUGAAAUAUUUCUGAAUUUAACUUUUUUUAUUUAACUGAUUUGAUAUUUUUGAAAUUGUUUUAAAUAAAACGUUGAAAUCACCAUUAA